AUGGCGCACCUGCUGACGCUGCUCCUGCUGCUCAUGCCGCCGGCCGGCUGGGCGCAGGUCUGGAAUUCAUCCAUGAACAGGGGCUUCGCGAUCGGCACAAACCACUCUUGUGGUGAGAGCAAAUUUCCUGAUGAUCCCGACUUUCGCAUCGUAGGCGGCCGCGAAGCCAACAAAGAUGAAUGGCCCUGGCAGGUGUCGGUCCGUCUGACCCACCCACAGGCAGGCAAGAUUGGCCACUGGUGUGGAGGCGUUCUACUGAACAGUCGAUGGAUACUUACAGCCGCUCACUGCAUCGUUAACCCGCUGUUCGUGCUCCCACAGCCAGUGUUCUGGAAGGUGCGGCUGGGCGAGCACCGCCAGAAACUGACCGAAGGCAGCGAGCUGACGGUACCGGUGUCGCACGUGUAUCACUACCCAUGGUACUCUGGCUACAACCAGGACAUCGCGCUCAUGCGGCUGGCGCACGAGGUACCGUACAGCGAGCACGUGCAGCCCGUGUGCCUUCCGGACGCCGAUGAUGAGUUCCAGGGACUCGUGUGCGCAGCCACCGGAUGGGGGAAGGUCGACUACAAUGCGCGGCCGUCCAACAUUCUCCAGGAGGUGUUUGUGAAGAUCUACGACAACGGCGUCUGCGACGCUGCCUACAGGCGCAAGUUCAAGAUCCCUAUUAAGAAGUGGCACUUGUGCGCCGGAACCCUAGUAGGCGGACGAGGAACAUGUCACGGUGAUUCGGGAGGUCCCCUGCAGUGCAAGCUGUUUGGCCGCUGGCACUUGACGGGUAUCACGUCAUUCGGCUCUGGCUGCGCCAAGAAAGGCUUCCCGGACGUGUACACGAAGGUGGCACACUACGUGGAUUGGAUCAAGGAAGUCAUGCAGCGCCCCCACUAAGCAGUCAUUGAAAGUGUGAUGGACGCCAACUAGUGCCCCGCCAGAACGCCGCACCGAUGAGAC